AUGGGGAAGAAAGACCAGAAUCACCAGAAAGACCCUACCUUCAAAGUUGAAGCUGUUCUUCAACUCAUCAGAAAACAAUCACCCCUCACUCUCAAACAGGAGAAGUUCUGCAACUAUGCUUGUGUUGAACGGUUUCUCAAAGCGAACAAGGAUAAUGUGAAGAAAGCUGCCAAGCAACUCAGGGCUUGCCUCUCUUGGAGAGAAACUAUAGGCAUCGAGAAUCUGAUGGCAGAUGAGUUCGCAGCUGAAAUCGCCGACGGGUUAGCUUAUGUGGCUGGUCAGGACGAUGAAUCCAGACCUGUAAUGAUUUUCCGGAUGAAGCAGGACUACCAUAAGUCACAUUCUCAGAAACUGUUCAAUCGCUUGUUUGUGUUCACAUUGGAGGUGGCCAUUUCAACGAUGACCAGAAACAUGAAAGAACUCGUCAUCCUCUUCGAUGCAAGUUUUUACAGGUCAGCAUCAGCUUUAAUGAACAUAUUAGUGGGAGCACUGAAAAUUGUGGCAGAAAAUUAUCCAGGGCAGCUACAGAAGGCCUUUGUGAUUGACCCUCCUUCACUCUUCACUUGUUUGUGGAAGGGAGUUCGUCCAUUCGUUGAGCUUUCAACGGUGACGAUGAUGGUAUCGUCAUCAGACUUUGAAGAAACGCAUGAUAUAAACGACUUCGUAUCAUAUCCCCGAGUCUCAUCUCUGCGAUUUAGCCCGUCCGUCACAAAACCAACGGCUAGAAUUGGUUCUUCCGCAUCUUCCCGAUUUGCCUUCACAGCGUCCAAUGGCAAUAACUCGUUAAAGCCUUGGUACCUUAGCCUAACUGACACAUCAGCAUCCAAGGUGGGACCCACAAGCCCCUCACCCAGACCUAUGGGCCCCGCACUGAUCUCCCCAUUCAACGCCCGAUCCUAUUCAUUCGCGUCGCCAGUUGCUCGUGGGCAUCCACGUGGAGGAGAUCUCAAUGGUGGAGGAUUAAUUAGACCAAACGCAAUGUCGUCUACUCCCAUGCCGCAACGUGUCACAGAUAGAGAGGCUACCAAGAGGGGCCACUCGUUCUUCCAAUCACCGGCCGUUUUCUUCCGCAGGGAUGGCCAUGCGAGUGAAAACGGCAAGUCUCGAGAUGCCUUCUUGCCGUUUUUGCGGUUUUAUAGAAGGCCGUAUAAUGAGAUGAUAUAUAGGUCAAAGAUGAAGCCUCCACUUGGUGGCCUCAUCUCUAUUGUCUCUCCACAAUUAAGAAGAUGUCAUGUUUCAAUGUCUCAGCGUUUUUGAAUGGAAAAAGUAAAU